AAAAUUGCUCCUUUAAUAUUAAUUUCAUAUAAUAUAAAUUAUAAUUUUUUUUUAAUUUCUAUUAUUUUAUCAAUAAUUAUCGGAGCUUUAGGAGGAUUAAAUCAAACUUCUUUACGUAAAUUAAUAGCAUUUUCUUCAAUUAAUCAUUUAGGAUGAAUACUUAUAGCUAUAAUAAAUAGAAUUAUUAUGAUUUACUUAUUUUUUUUUUAUUCAAUUUUAUCAAUAUCAAUUAUUUUGAUAUUUAAUAAUUUUAAAUUAUUCCAUUUUAAUCAAAUUUUUAAUUUUUCAAUAAUAAAUCCUAUAAUUAAAUUUUUUAUAUUUUUAAAUUUAUUAUCUUUAGGAGGAUUACCUCCAUUUUUAGGAUUUUUACCUAAAUGAUUAGUAAUUCAAAAUUUAGUUGAAUUAAAUCAAAUUUUUUUAUUAUUUAUUGCAGUCUGUUUAACUUUAAUCACUUUAUAUUAUUAUUUACGAAUAUCAUAUAGUAUUUAUAUAUUAAAUUAUAACAAAAAUUCAUGAAUACUAAUAAAUUCUUAUAAUAAUAAAAAAAUAAAUUUAAUUUUAACUAUAAAUUUUAUUUCAAUUAUAGGAUUAGUUAUCAUUACUUUAAUUUAUAUAAUUCUAUAAUAAGAAUUUAAGUUAAAAAAACUAAUAGCCUUCAAAGCUGAAAAUAUUUGUACUAAUCCUUUAAUUCUUAAACUUUAAUAAUUAAAAAAUUAUUCCUUCAGAAUUGCAGUCUAAUAUCAUUAUUGAAUAUAAAGUUUGAUUAAAAAGAAUUAUUCUUAUAUAUAAAUUUACAAUUUAUCGCCUAAACUUCAGCCAUUUAAUCGCGACAGUGAUUAUUUUCAACAAAUCAUAAAGAUAUUGGUACAUUAUACUUUAUUUUCGGAGUUUGAUCAGGAAUAGUUGGAACAUCAUUAAGAAUCUUAAUUCGUGCUGAAUUAAGCCAACCAGGAAUAUUUAUUGGAAAUGACCAAAUUUAUAAUGUAAUUGUUACAGCUCAUGCUUUCAUUAUAAUUUUUUUUAUAGUAAUACCAAUUAUAAUUGGAGGAUUUGGAAAUUGAUUAGUUCCUUUAAUAUUAGGAGCACCAGAUAUAGCAUUUCCUCGAAUAAAUAAUAUAAGUUUUUGAAUAUUACCUCCUUCAUUAACACUCCUCCUUUCAAGUAGUAUAGUAGAAAAUGGAUCAGGAACAGGAUGAACAGUUUAUCCCCCUCUUUCAUCAGGAACUGCUCAUGCUGGAGCUUCAGUUGAUUUAACUAUUUUUUCUCUUCAUUUAGCAGGGGUAACUUCAAUUUUAGGAGCAGUAAAUUUCAUUACUACUGUUAUUAAUAUACGAUCUUCAGGAAUUACAUUAGAUCGAUUACCUUUAUUUGUAUGAUCUGUUGUAAUUACAGCUGUAUUAUUACUUUUAUCAUUACCAGUUUUAGCUGGAGCUAUUACAAUAUUAUUAACAGAUCGAAAUUUAAAUACUUCAUUUUUUGAUCCAAUUGGAGGAGGAGAUCCUAUUUUAUAUCAACAUUUAUUUUGAUUUUUUGGACACCCAGAAGUUUAUAUUUUAAUUUUACCCGGAUUUGGUAUAAUUUCUCAUAUUAUUACUCAAGAAAGAGGAAAAAAGGAAACUUUUGGAACUUUAGGAAUAAUUUAUGCUAUACUAACAAUUGGAUUAUUAGGAUUUAUUGUUUGAGCUCAUCAUAUAUUUACAGUAGGAAUAGAUGUAGAUACUCGAGCAUAUUUUACAUCUGCUACAAUAAUUAUUGCAGUUCCUACAGGAAUUAAAAUUUUUAGAUGAUUAGCUACUCUUCAUGGAACUCAAUUAACUUAUAGUCCUGCUUUACUUUGAUCACUAGGAUUUGUAUUUUUAUUUACAGUUGGAGGAUUAACAGGAGUAGUCCUAGCUAAUUCUUCAAUUGAUAUUGUAUUACAUGAUACAUAUUAUGUAGUUGCCCAUUUUCAUUAUGUAUUAUCAAUAGGAGCUGUAUUUGCUAUUAUAGCAGGAUUUAUUCACUGAUAUCCUUUAUUAACAGGAUUAGUUAUAAAUCCUUCAUGAUUAAAGGCACAAUUUGUUAUAAUAUUUAUUGGAGUAAAUUUAACAUUUUUCCCACAACAUUUCUUAGGAUUGGCCGGAAUACCACGACGAUAUUCUGAUUUUCCAGAUAGUUAUUUAGCUUGAAAUAUUGUAUCUUCAUUAGGAAGAACUAUUUCUUUAUUUGGAAUUAUUUUUUUUAUAUUUAUUAUUUGAGAAAGUAUAAUUUCACAACGUAGUAUUGCUUUCCCAAUACAAUUAUCUUCAUCAAUUGAAUGAUAUCAUACUCUUCCUCCUGCUGAACAUACUUAUUCAGAAUUACCAUUACUUUCUUCUAAUU